AUGUUCACAACCUCUGUUCUACAGGGAUGCGAAUGCUGGGCUAUGCGCAUGGAAGAGGAACGGAAACUGGAAGUCUAUGAGCACUACUGCUCGAGGGCCAUCGUUCGAGGUAAGUACACCAGAUUGGCCUCGAAUGGAACAGUCUGCACUCGCUGA